AUUCACAGAUGAAAUGUCAACCCCAUAAAUGGCGGUGACAUAAUUUAUAAAUAAAAUAUUCAUUAUUGUAAACGAUUAUUAUUUUAAGGUAUCAAGGCUCCCUUAUCAAAAGUUUUGCGGUUAGUGUCGUAUACAACCUUUAUUAAUCGCAUUGAUUAACCGUUGUAGAUAAAUCCUUAUUUACAAUAAGAAGAGAUCUUAAGUGAACGCCCAUUUAUCAUUGAGUGUUAAUUUCAAAGUAAUUCUGUAGAAAUGGAAGAUAUUUUCCAGUGGUGCAAAGAAGGAAAUGCCCUACAAGUUAGAGUAUGGCUUGAUGAACCAGAACACGACAUGAACCAAGGGGAUGACCAUGGAUUCAGUCCACUUCACUGGGCAGCUAUGAAAGGCCACAAUAAAAUUGUUGAAAUGCUUUUAUUGCGAGGGGCCAGAGUUAGUGCAACUAAUAUGGGAGAUGAUACUCCCCUACAUUUGGCAGCAGCACAUGGUCACAGAGAAAUCGUGAAUAUGCUUUUGAGGCAAAGAGCUGACAUGAAUUUUACCAAUGAACAUGGAAACUCGCCUCUACAUUAUGCUUGUUUCUGGGGAUAUGCUGAAAUAGCUGAAGAUCUAGUCCAUCACGGUACUAAAGUAGCUAUUGAAAAUAAGUAUGGCGAAACUGCUUUGGAUAAAUGCAAAGGAAAUUUGGCCAAAACACUCCACGAUAUUGCCGUUGAAUCAGGACAAGACCUCAAAACUAUCAAAUUCAAGGACCAGAGCUGGCUUGGAAUGAAAACACGAUCUAGAGAUGCAACUUUGUCUCGACACAAGGGAAUAAAUAUCAAAGAACUGGAUUUGAAGAGAAAAAUAGCUGACACACAUAGCGGCAUCACAUAUAUUGGUAGGUGGCAGAAAAAUGAUGUCGUGGGAAAGAUCCUUAAAAUUCGAGACGUUACCCAAAGAAUAUCCAGAGAUUUCAAUGAGGAAUUCCCCAAGCUUCGGAUAUUCUCCCACCCCAACAUCCUUCCCGUUAUAGGCUGCUGUAAUAGCCCUCCGAAUCUCAUAGUAAUAAGUCAGUACCUUCCUUUGGGCUCCCUCUACAAUGUUUUACACGAAGGAAGCGGCAACGUUGUAGUUGACACUGUUCAAGCACUACGCUUCGCAAUAGAUAUAGCCCGAGGGAUGGCCUUUUUGCACAGUCUAGAAAGGACAAUACCUGAAUAUUUUUUGAACAGCAGACACGUCAUGAUAGAAGAAGACUUGACGGCUCGUCUGAGUAUGGGAGAUGCAAAAUUUUCGUUCCAAGAGAAAGGAAGAAUAUAUUAUCCCGCUUGGAUGUCUCCUGAGGCGUUGCAGAAGAAGAUUUCCGACAGAAAUUGGGAGGCCUCUGAUAUGUGGAGCUACGCCAUAUUGCUCUGGGAGUUGGCGACGAGGGAAGUACCAUUUGCUGAGCAGAGCCCGAUGGAAGUGGGCAUGAGAAUUGCCUUGGAAGGUCUUCGAAUUAGUAUAAAACCUGGAAUAUCUCCUCACAUGAAGAAACUCAUCAGUAUUUGCAUGAAUGAGGAUCCUGGAAAGAGACCUACAUUUGACAUGAUACUGCCGAUACUUGACAGAAUGACGCGUUGAGUUCAAUUUUCUAUGUAUUUUGAUUGUUCAGUGUUUUAAGUAACAUUAUUAUUAAUAUUAGAGUUAAUAUUUAUUGAGUGCCUUCGAAUAUUGCCUAAAUCAAGUGCUGUAACAUUGCUUUUAAAAUUUUUAAAAUGUUUCAACGCUUUACAAAGAAAGUGCCUGUAUUUGUAUAUUGUAAUAAUCAGAUUUUAAUUUUAUAAAAUGCUUUAUUAAAACUUUGAUUAAAAAUUA